UUGACGCAUUUUCCGUCGAGAGAAGGUGGAGAGCGGAACGUCCCAGCGUUCUCGACGCUCUCUCCUGUCGCCUGUCCCUCGCCGCCGUCGUCGUUCUCCUCCUCGAGUCUCGCGCGUUCGCAACCCUCGCGCUGCUCGCAACCCUCCGGCUGCAGACGUACGCGGACGUACGGCGGAGGGACACAUGGCACGGCGGGAGGUUCGAUUUGCGCGCGUGUCCGCCGUCGGAGAAUUUAUUACAACUUGCCAGUGAUCCUUCGUGAGCCGAGAGAGCCCCGUCCACGACGACCGGCCUACGACGACGUUCGCGAAAGUCGCGAGUCAUCCCCGCACCAGUGCUCCCGCCCGAACAAGCCGGCCGACUCUUCCGCUCCAGGCAUGGCGCAGACUUACAAUCAGAAGAGGAAUGUAUACAGCAUUGAUCAGAUACUGGGUCACGGUAAGGACGAAGAUCACGCAACGUCGUCCGACGCAGCCGUUGACGCUGGCGACACGGAGCUCGGUCAUUUGAGCGAUCAUCAGAUCAACGACGGCCUGCACGAUCCUCUGAACCUGGGUGAAUCUGACCGACCGCGCAAAGUGCGGCGUUCACGCACGACCUUCACGACCUAUCAGCUGCACGAGCUCGAGAAGGCCUUCGGCAACACGCAGUAUCCGGACGUGUUUACCCGAGAGGAGCUGGCAAUGAGACUGGACCUCUCGGAGGCUAGAGUUCAGGUCUGGUUUCAGAAUCGUCGCGCAAAAUGGCGCAAGAAGGAAAAGGCCUUAGGCAGAGAUACUAGUUUCAUGCACGUCGAGCAAGGCGGUGUGAGCGAGUUGUCCCUUCACGCGCGCCUGCUGCAAACGGCCAGCGGCGUCCCCGGCGCCGAUCCUUCGGGACCACCAACUGGCGCGUUUCCUUGGUUCAUCCCGCCGGUGUUCCCGCCGCCGUGGCCGACGAGCGCGCCCAAGCUGCCGCCGUUGCACGCGAUCCUGUCGCAGUACAUCGGCCUGCCGUUGCCGCAGAACUUGGCGUCGCUCGGCACGAUGCUGCCGGUCGGCCUGAACCCGGCCGCGUCGUCCUUGAACCACGGCAACGUGAACGGCCACACCCUGGGCGGCCACGGUCUGCACGGGCACCCCUUGAAUCUCGGCGGUGUGCAGAACAUACCGCAGAACUUGAGCUCGAAGCACGACAAGGACGAGGACUCGGCGUCGUCCGACGACGAGAUCAGGAAGCAGAGCGCGGAAGUGCUGAGAGUGAAGGCGGAGGAGGUGCUACGCAAGGCGGACAAUUAACUGUGAGAGCUCGCGGACUUUUGUAAAUACGGAGGACCCUCGUCCCCCCGGGGGUCCUUCAUCCGGGAACUUUAGCCGGCCGUUUGGUACCGUUUUGGUGCCGACGCGAAGGAGUUUCGACGGGUGUCCGGCUGUGUGGAGACAGCCGCGGCUGCUUCCGCGUCGCGCUUACGCGUGCGGAGCGCGCCGAGGACGAUUCUCUUGCUCAUCAGUGUGUAAGCUCAUCGCGGAUUUAAGCUUGAUCUACAAUGCGUUCUUUGCUUCCUGGUUCUUGUCUGUCUUUUUCUGGCUUAAGUCCAGAUCUACAAUGUGCUCUUCGCUUCCUCUGUUUCUUCUUUCUCUUUAUUUCUUUUUGACUUAAACCUAAAGUUUUUAGCUAGAACAAGAUAGAGAACAAGCAACAGGAAGCAAAGAACACAUUGUAGAUCAAGCUUUAUCCUCUGCGAUCACAAGUCGACAUCGACAGGCAUUCUUUUAAUGUAUACACGCUGUGUCCCGGCUGGAAACGCGCGUAGGCGAGACCGACGCGUUCGCAGACUCGUUUUGACGGACGGAGGCCGUUUGUGAAAUUUUCACCUGUGCAGAACCCAACGGUAAGGUUUGGUGCACAAUGGGUAUAAUGAGUUUGGAGUCUUUUGGCCUCUGGACGCCAAACUGCAACGCAAUUUCCGACAGGUCUCCCGCGUUGCCAGAAGUCGUGAUUACUCUUAAGGGAUGCUGGAUAUCGAUACAAUGCAGUUUUUGUACUUUGUACGUUUUUCUAUUUGAUUAAAUGGAAUUGGCAAUAAAAGUGUAUUUAUAAAUAGGAUUCUGAAUGGAAUCAAAUGAUGAACAAACAGAGUAUCUAAGAGCCAAGCAAGUUAAUGAAGUGCUAUAAAGUGUUAUUUCUAGAUGUGCAAAGUAUCCAGAUGAAGAUAUUAUAAUUUUGUACAUUUAGAAAUAACACUUUAUAGCGCUACAUUAAUCGUGCUUGGUUCUUACGAACUAUAUUUAUUUAUAAUUAGAAUUGCAAAUGUUUAUCUAGAGUGAAAGUACAAAUGUCAAUGUAUGGCGGAGCACACCAUAUUAUAUAAAA